AUAAGGUGUAUUCAGAAGUAAAAUUUAGCUAUGAUUUCCGAAGAAGACCCCAUAAAUAAGGACAGUUCAGUGCGUGUGGCUGUAAGAAUUCGACCUCAAAACUCGAGAGAGCUCAUCGAUAUGUGCCGUAUUUGUACAACAGUAGCUAUUGGAGAGCCUCAAAUUCUUCUUGGAUCGGACAAAGCCUUCACUUUUGACUAUGUCUAUGAUACUUGUUCAAAUCAGGGUCAAAUAUACAAAGAAAGCGUGGAGCCAUUGGUUGAGAGUACCUUGCAAGGCUAUAAUGCUACAGUACUAGCAUACGGACAAACGGGGUCGGGAAAAACAUAUACAAUGGGGACUGGGUUUGACCGUGAAUACGAUGACAUUCAACUUGGGAUUAUACCUAGAGCAGUGCAACACAUAUUUUCUGGUAUCGAAGAUUUCGAAACUACUGCAAAUAAUGAGACGUCUGCCAUUGGAAGUCCACAGUUCAGCCUUGCGGUCCAAUACAUAGAGUUGUAUAAUGAGGACAUUUUCGAUCUCUUAGACCCAUUUAAUAAGAACACAACCUUUAAAAUUCAUGAAGCUGCCAAUGGACAAAUCGAAAUAACAGGCGCAUCUAUAAAGCCAAUUAACCAUCCCCAAGAUGCAUUAAAGUUCCUUCAGCAAGGUGCUUUAGCACGCACUACUGCAUCAACGAAAAUGAAUGAUCAGUCAUCACGAUCACAUGCAUUGUUUACAAUAUUUGUCCGCAGGCAGCGUUUACUUACGCCUACAAACAAUGUUUUAGAUAACGAUCUUGAAACUUUGACUUCGAAAUUUCAUUUUGUCGAUUUGGCGGGUUCUGAACGUCUUAAACGGACUUUGGCUACGGGAGAACGUGCACGUGAAGGCAUCUCUAUUAAUUGUGGACUUUUAUCCCUAGGAAAUUGUAUAUCAGCGCUUGGUGAUAAGUCCAAGAGAGCUUUACAUGUACCUUAUCGGGACUCCAAGUUAACACGGCUCCUUCAAGACUCCUUAGGUGGAAACAGUCGGACUUUAAUGAUUGCAUGCAUAUCGCCAAGCGAUCGGGACUUUAUGGAAACAUUAAAUACAUUAAAGUAUGCAAACCGAGCGAGGAAUAUUAAGAACAAAGUUCAAAUAAAUAAAGAUCAAAGCUCACGAACCAUUUCACAACUGAGAAGAGAUGUCUCAGCUUUACAAAUGGAAUUACUAGAAUAUAAACAGGGUAAACUGGUAGUGGAUUGCGACGGAAAUGCAACACGCUCGGACACAUUUAAUGAAAAUAUCCUGCUUUUAUCAGAAAAUAAACGGUUGAAGCAACGUCUCAAAUCAAUGCAAGAGACAAUUAACACGCUAACUGAACGAAAUGCACAUCUACAACUAGAAAAGGAUUUAAAUAAAUGGUCAAAUGACACAAAUUUAGAUUUAGAUAAAAAUAAUAUUGUUGAACAUUAUAUAAAAGAAAUCGAAAAACUAAAAGCUAAAUUAAUAGAAUCUAAAGAAAUGCAAAACCAACUGAAAGCUUAUAUUGGAAAAUGGCAACAACCUCAUAAGAAUGUCUAUAAUGAAGAGCAAGGAAAUAUUAUAGACUUGGCAAAAAAAGGCUUGGAAAGGGACAAGGAGUUAUUAAUGUCACAAUCCUUACCAGGAAUACAAAACCAGAAUCUCAGAUUGGAUGAAUCUGAAAAUUCCAGUAGCGAUUCGGAAGAAGAAGGAGUGGUAGCAGACUUGCAUGACAUUAACUCGGACAUUGAAAUUAAAAGUAAAUUAAUUGAGCAGCUUGAGUUGUCACAGGAAAGAAUAGAACUCAUGCGUCGCCACUAUGAAGAAAAACUUACUGUGCUAAAUUGUAAAAUUUUGAACACUCAAAACGAACGAGAUGAGUUCUUGACAAAUAUGGUUUCAUCUACAUCAGUACAAUCAAAAGAAUCUAUAAGGAAAAUGAAAACAGAAUAUGAACGUAAGAUAACAAAUAUGCAAGGUGAGCUCAAAAGAUUACAGCACGCACAGACGGAACAUAUUCGACAACACAGAGAACUUAAAUCCCAAAGCGUUAGAAUAAAUACCUUGCGAGUCGAACUUGAAAAGUUGAAGUUCACAAAAGUUAAAUUGAUGAAAUCAAUUUCAGAACAAUCUAGUCGACACAAAGAAGAGGACACUAAAAAAUCGAAAAAAAUUUCGAAAUUACAAGAGGAUCAACGUCGCCAAAAAAAUGCAUUAUUAUCUUUAAAAGAACAAAUGAAUGCCAAGGAUCAAAUGAUAAAGCGAAAAACUGAAGAGGUAAUUGCCCUCCGUAAAAGUCAAAGAGGCCGGCUAAGCCAAAAAGGGGCUUCCAAUUUAAUAUCAAAAGUCGGGAAGUUUGAGAGCUCAAAGUCUCGAUCCACCCAGCAGCAAUGGGAAAAGUUGUAUCGCUUUAUAUUACACGCAGCCAGAACAAGGCAACUAAUCACACAAUUAGAAAACGAAUUGCAACGUUUAAUAUUGGAACGAGAAGAUCGUUGUCGUGAGCUAAAUAUAAUGCAAAAUUGCCAAAAUGCGGAUAAGAAAUCUGAAGACUUCAAUGAACAAGACAGUUUAAAGACCAACAUUAGGUAUUUACAAGAAACUAUAGAACAUGUACAGCAAGCCAUUAUGGAAUUUGAAGACAGCAAAGAAUCUGCACAGAGUGGCAUAUAUAAGAUCCAGAAUUUUUUGGAUAAUAUAAAAACAGUUGAAGAAGCAAAAUAUGUUCUUCAAAAGCUUUCCGACAGUGCUAUUAUACUUACAUGUAAUUUGGCCAUAACGGAGACCCAUUUACAGGAAAAUGAAUCCCUACUACAAGAAGCUCAACAAGAAAAUAACAUUCAACAGCAGAUAUUACAACAUUUUCUGUCGCAAAACAGUAAUGUGCAUAUGUCUGAUAUGUUUCUUUCUUUAAAUCUUAAAAGUAAUACAAAUACAUUAUGGCACAGUUCGCAAAAGUCAUUAUUAAGUACUGGAACAUAUGAUAUACCAAAAGAGGAUAUAUUUGAAGAUUCUGCACAUAAAGAUAACCCAGAAACAAGUAGUAGAACCCCAUCACCUGGAAUCGACACCUUGCCGGAUAAGACUUCCAAAAUACGCAGCCGAACCGCUAAGAGACAAGAUCUCCUGUUUGGGGACGUUCAAAUUCCUACUCAGCCUAAUAGAAUGUCUCGAUCCUACACAAAAAAUGAUGUUAUCUGUGGUAAUCCGCUUAUGCGAGUUUCAAGUACUCCAGGAUAUUUAAAGCUCUAGCACGUACAUUCAUCACAUAAACCGUUUUUGGAGCAGAUCGCGUAUUAUGCAACUAAAUCUAGCUUUUGUUCAACAUAUGUGAACUAAAUUCUUAAAUUCCGAUUACCUUGAAUUUUUCAUUUUUGAAAGCGCUAGAAAAUUCUUUAAAUACUGCACGGAAGCAAAGGUAUUACCAAAGA